AUGACUCGGUUAGUGUUGAGAACAGCAGCAUCAACUGCACGUCGCAAACGCGCUUACUCCACAUUGCGGACCAAAACCGCGAACCUUACGAGCAUGUUCGGCAAAUACGUGGACAAAAACAGCGUCUCUAGCUGGAACACCGUCAUCGCAGACCUCGCUCGAAGCGGCGAUUCCGUGGAAGCUCUCAGCGCAUUUUCCUCCAUGCGCAAGCUCUCUCUGCAUCCCAACCGCUCCACUUUCCCCUGCGCCCUCAAGGCCUGCGCCGCGCUCUCCGACCUCCGCGCCGGCACGCAGACCCACCAGCAGGCCUUCGGCUUCGGCUUCGGCCGGGAUCUCUUCGUCUCCACCGCUCUCGUAGACAUGUACUCCAAGUGCGGGCACCCCGACCACGCGCGCGACGUAUUCGACGAAAUUCCCAGCCGAUACGCCGUCUCAUGGACGUCCAUGAUUGCAGGUUACGUCCAAAACGACCGUGCCCGGGACGCCGUUUGCCUCUUUAAGGAGCUGAUGGUCGAGGAGAGCGGGAGUGUGGAAUCUGAGGAUGGCGUUUUCGUGGAUUCCGUGCUUGUGGGGUGUGUUCUCUCGGCGUGUUCGCGGCUUGGGUGGAGGAGUGCGACUGAAGGGGUUCAUGGGUUGGUGCUCAAAAGGGGGUUUGAAGGGUGUGUUGGUGUUGGGAAUACUUUGAUGGAUGCUUAUGCCAAGUGUGGGGAGAUGGGGGUGGCGAGGAAAGUGUUUGAUGGAAUGCAUGAGAGUGAUGUCUACUCUUGGAACUCUAUGAUUGCUGAGUACGCGCAGAAUGGGUUGUCAGCAGAGGCUUUCUGUGUUUUCGGUGACAUGGUGAAGAGUGGCAAGGUUAAAUAUAACGGGGUGACAUUAUCUGCGGUGUUGUUGGCCUGCGCGAAUUCAGGAGCUUUGCAGAUGGGGAAGUGCAUACAUGAUCAGAUUAUAAAGAUGGAUUUGGAGGAUAGUGUGUUUGUAGGUACAUCUAUAGUGGAUAUGUACUGCAAAUGUGGGAGAGUUGAGAUGGCUAGGAAGGCAUUUGAUCGUAUGAAAGUGAAGAAUGUUAAGUCAUGGACUGCUAUGGUUGCUGGUUAUGGAAUGCAUGGCCGUGCAAAAGAGGCUAUGGAAGUCUUCUACAAGAUGAUAAGGUCUGGAGACAAGCCAAAUUACAUUACCUUUGUGUCAGUUUUAGCUGCAUGCAGCCAUGCUGGUUUGUUAAAAGAAGGCUGGCAUUGGUUUAAUAGAAUGAAAGGUGAAUUUAAUGUUGAACCUGGGAUUGAGCAUUAUUCAUGCAUGGUUGAUCUCCUUGGACGUGCUGGCUAUCUUAAUGAGGCUUAUAGUUUGAUCCAGGAAAUGAAUGUGAAACCUGAUUUUAUAAUCUGGGGUUCCCUUCUUGGGGCUUGUAGGAUUCAUAAAAAUGUGGAACUUGGGGAGAUCUCUGCUAGGAAACUAUUUCAGUUAGAUCCAAGUAAUUGCGGGUACUAUGUUCUACUCUCCAAUAUUUAUGCUGAUGCUGGAAGGUGGGACGAAGUUGAAAGGAUGAGGAUAUUGAUGAAAAAUCGUGGAUUGCUUAAAACCCCUGGAUUUAGUAUAGUGGAAAUCAAAGGUAGGAUACACGUAUUCUUAGUUGGAGACAAAGAACAUCCUCAACAUGAGAAGAUUUAUGAGUAUAUGGACAAAUUAAAUGCCAAGCUGCAAGAACUUGGGUAUAUGCCAAAUGUGACAUCGGUGCUUCAUGAUGUUGAUGAGGAAGAGAAAGAAAUGGUUCUAAGAGUUCAUAGUGAGAAACUAGCUGUUGCCUUUGGAAUCAUUAAUUCAGUUCCUGGGUCAGUAAUCCAUAUCAUAAAAAAUCUUAGAAUUUGUGGUGACUGCCACAUUGCAAUUAAAUUGAUUUCAAAAGUAGUAAAUCGAGAAAUUGUAGUCAGAGAUUCCAAGCGGUUUCAUCAUUUUAAGGAUGGGUUGUGUUCAUGUGGGGACUAUUGGUGA